CCAAAAACAUUCCUCUCUGAAUAGAUUUCAAGCACCUAGUCAGCUAAGAAGACAUGGUAGCCACACUUUUGAGCGCUUCCAAGAUUUAUCUGCUGAUUUAUAUUUUAUCUAGAGGACAUUUUACAGAAGCUUUACAAGAUAUUAGCAAAUACAUAAAACACUAUGAAGGCCUGUCUUAUGACCGAGAUCUCAUAAAACAACAGCACCAACGCAUCAGACGCGAGACGCAUCCAAACAAACAAGAGCUUCAUCUAAACUUCAACGCCUUUCAAAGGGAAUUCCACCUACGUCUCAAGCCAGAUGUAAAUGGCUUCACAGAAGAUUUCAAGGUCCAGUCAGAAGAUGAAACUCAGAUGGUGGAUCUCUCGCACAUAUACUCAGGAGCAGUAGAAGAUGAGAGUGAAUCCUCAUGUCAAGGGUCUGUUCUCGAGGGUCAGUUUGAAGGCUCCAUUACAACAGCCAAUGGGACGUUCUACGUCGAGCCCAUUGACAGAUACACCACCUCCAACACUGACGACCAUUCCAUCAUUUAUCACGAGGAUGAUGUGG